CUAAUUGGUGGUUAUGAUCAAUGUUAGUGUAGUUGUUUAUUUCUUUGUUUUGCUUUUUGGUUGGAGGAGUUUUGUAUUAAUGCAGAAUAUAAUUUUUGCAGGGGAGAAAAGGGUUCUGAACUCUGAACUUUGGCAUGCAUGUGCGGGACCUCUUGUUUCCCUACCCCCUGUUGGAAGUAGGGUUGUUUAUUUCCCACAGGGUCAUAGUGAACAGGUUGCUGUAUCAACCAACAAGGAAGUGGAUGCCCAUAUACCUAACUAUCCAAGCCUACCUCCACAACUUUUCUGUCAGCUGCACAAUGUUACCAUGCAUGCUGAUGUCGAGACAGACGAAGUAUAUGCACAGAUGACCUUGCAGCCACUGAGUCCACAAGAACAAAAGGAAGCUUAUCUUCCAGCUGAGUUGGGCGCCCACAGCAAACAACCAACAAAUUACUUCUGUAAAACAUUGACAGCAAGUGACACAAGUACUCAUGGUGGAUUCUCUGUUCCUCGCCGGGCAGCUGAAAAAGUGUUUCCUCCUUUGGACUUCUCUCAGCAGCCUCCUGCUCAAGAGUUGAUUGCCAGAGACUUGCAUGAUAAUGAGUGGAAAUUCAGGCAUAUAUUUCGGGGUCAGCCCAAAAGGCACCUACUUACGACAGGAUGGAGUGUGUUUGUCAGUGCCAAAAGAUUAGUUGCUGGUGAUUCAGUGCUUUUUAUCUGGAAUGAAAAAAAUCAAUUACUUCUUGGUAUCCGACGUGCCAAUCGACCUCAAACUGUAAUGCCUUCAUCGGUUUUAUCAAGUGAUAGCAUGCACCUGGGCCUUCUUGCAGCUGCUGCUCAUGCAGCUGCUACUAAUAGUCGUUUCACCAUAUUUUAUAACCCCAGGGCUAGUCCAUCAGAAUUUGUCAUACCACUGGCCAAAUUUGUAAAAGCAGUCUAUCACACUCGAGUUUCUGUUGGAAUGCGCUUCCGUAUGCUGUUUGAAACAGAAGAAUCAAGUGUUCGCCGCUAUAUGGGCACAAUAACUGGCAUAAGUGAUUUGGAUCCUGUUAGGUGGCCAAAUUCACACUGGCGCUCAGUCAAGGUUGGCUGGGAUGAAUCAACGGCUGGGGAAAGACAACCAAGGGUUUCCCUGUGGGAGAUUGAACCACUGACAACCUUCCCAAUGUAUCCAUCCCCAUUUCCUCUGAGGCUUAAGAGACCAUGGCCAGCAGGAUUGCCCUCAUUCCCUGGCAUCAAGGAUGAUGAUUUAGGCAUCAACUCUCCACUUAUGUGGCUGCGAGGAGACUGUGGAAUGCAGUCCCUUAACUUUCAGGGACUUGGAGUCACACCAUGGAUGCAACCAAGGCUUGAUGCUUCCAUGAUGGGUUUGCAAACUGACAUGUAUCAAGUUAUGGCUGCUGCCGCACUGCAGGAGAUGAGGGCUGUAGAUCCUACCAAGGCAACAUCUGCAUCUCUUUUGCAAUUCCAGCAACCCCAAAAUCUUUCCUCAAGGCCUGCAUCUCUAAUGCAGCCUCAGAUGAUGCAGCAGUCUCAUCCUCAGGCCUUUCUCCAUAGUGUUGAAGAAAACCAGCAUCAGCCUCAGUCUCAGGUGCAAACUCAGACGCACCUUCUUCAGCAACAAUUGCAGCACCAGAAUUCCUUCAAUAAUCAGCAGCAGCAGCAGCCACCAUCGCAACAACACCAACAGCCACUGGCACAACAACACCAGCAACUGGUUGAUCAACAGCAAAUUCUUAGUCCCAUGGCCACUAUGUCUCAGUAUGCUUCAGCCUCUCAAUCCCAGUCUUUAUCUUUGCAAGCUAUUCCUACUCUAUGCCAACAGCAGAGUUUUUCUGAUUCCAAUGGGAACCCUGUGACAGUCCCUAUUGUCUCUCCUCUGCACAGUCUUUUGGGUUCUUUCCCCCAGGAUGAAUCAUCUAACUUGCUCAACCUUCCUAGAUCCAAUCCUGUAAUGACAUCUGCUGGCUGGCCAUCAAAGCGAGCUGCUGUUGAUCCACUUCUUCCAUCUGGAGCUCCUCAAUGUUCUGUGUCCCAGGCAGAACAGUUGCGGCCAUCGCAGACAAACAUGUCUCCAAAUUCUAUUUCGUUGCCACCCUUUCCUGGCAGGGAGUGCUCGAUAGACCAAGAAGGUGGUGCUGAUCCCCAAAGCCAUCUCUUAUUUGGUGUUAACAUAGAGCCAUCAUCUCUUCUUGUGCAGAAUGGAAUUUCGAGCCUUAGGGGAGUUGGAAGUGAUAGUGACUCGACAACUAUUCCCUUCUCUGCUAAUUACAUGAGUACUGCAGGAACUGAUUUUUCAGUUAAUCCAGCAAUGACGCCUUCGAGUUGCAUUGAUGAAUCAAACUUCAUGCAGUCUCCAGAAAAUGUGGGCCAAGGAAACCCACAAACUACAACUUUUGUUAAGGUUUACAAAUCAGGGUCCUUUGGGAGGUCAUUGGAUAUCUCCAAAUUCAGCAGCUACAAUGAGCUGCGUAGUGAACUUGCUCGCAUGUUUGGCCUUGAAGGCCAGUUGGAGGACCCUCUGAGAUCAGGCUGGCAGCUUGUAUUUGUUGACCGGGAGAAUGACGUACUUCUCCUCGGUGAUGACCCCUGGCCGGAGUUUGUGAGCAGCGUCUGGUGUAUCAAGAUACUGUCGCCCCAAGAAGUGCAGCAAAUGGGCAAACGAGGCAUGGAUCUUCUUAAGUCUGUCCCAAUUCCGAGGCUCUCCAACGGCAGUUGUGAUGACUACACCAGCCGGCAAGAGUCAAGAAAUUUAAGCUCUGGAAUAGCUUCUGUUGGGUCAUUGGAUUACUAAACAAUCCAGGCCAUUAAGAUACUGUUUUUCGCAUCUGUAAUAAUAGCAUCUCAUCCAACCAAUCUGUAGGUGGAUACUGCCUCCUAACUCUUAGCUUAAAAGUUUAUAUGCAGUCUACUACUGUAAUUAUAUUGCACUGCUCAGUCGAUCCUAUGUACGCUAAACACUGUAGAAUCCAUAUCUGUUAGGUAUAUCAAUAUUUUGUGAAGCUAGCUUCUUUGUUUACAUGGUGCUGAACAUACUAGUUAUGG